AUGUGUAAUUGUUGUCCAUAUCUUAUUGGGGAGGUUGCUGGGGUUGGGAGUUUUGAUCUAGCUGCAUGUCUCGGCAAAGAAGUUGGACAUGAGUAUAAGAACAUAAUGUUCGACAUUCGUGAUACAAGCGAUGUGCUUCUUGAAUGUGAAUUAUCUGGAUCUGUGGCUGCAAGUUUUUAUGCUGACUGGAAUCGUGUCAAAGGUGGUGUUGUUGUUUGCGUUUUCUGGUGGGCUGCUGUUGAUUUUUACAGAGGUAAGACGACUAUAUGUGAGACUUCGCCUACUCGCGUGAUGCUCAAUCCACCUAUUCCAGAAGUGGAUGAGUUUAUGUCAAGGUUGGGGAAGAAGAAAUCACUGAGAUGUUCAUCGAGGAUUGUGGGGGGUGUAUGA